AUGGGGAACCCUGGCUUGCCAGGGGUGAGGCCUCCUGCAUCCUAUUCCUCUGGGCCGCACUCUCCUGCACAGCCUGUGCAUGUGCUGCCCUUGUGGUUCCGGCUGCUGGGCAUCGCUUACACUGAGGCACUAAGCAGCAGGGCUUCAGGGAGCUACAGGGAGCUGGAGGAAGAAGUGAGGCUGAUGCUAAACCAAAUGCUCUCCACCUAUGAGACCUUCCUGCAGGCCAAUGUCCUCAAGUUUAUGAACGGCUCAGUGAUUGUACAAGGGGAGGCUCUGUUCCGGGGGAAUGCUCCUGCUCCCACCAACUCCCACCUCAUCCGGACAGUCAUCACCGAGGCGAGAAGGGGAAGGAGCAUCUUCAGCUGGCAACUGGAGCCACAAUCUGUCCAGUCUGGUGGCUUCAGCCUGGAGAAUCUGGACCCAGAGAAGCUGUCCAUCUCUCUCAUAGUCUUCCAGCUUGGGAGGAGCAGGACAGAUGCCCUGGAGAGGCUGGUCAGCAAGGUGACUUGGUCUCUCAGUGCCCUCUACCCUGUGAGGAACUUCACUAUCAUCCAGCUCAGGAACCUCACUGGGGACCUGGAGAUCACUGGAGACCUCUACCUCGACACGAUCAUCCAUGCUGAUGUUGCAGAGAUUCUGCAAGCCUUGACAGCUCUCACAACCUGCUCAGUGGACCUGACCUCCCUCUCGGUGGAGGGAUCCAGGCUUCACCUGCAGGUUUACCCGCUCUCCUUCCUCAUCACCAAUAAACGUUUCAGUGAGGACCUCCUGGAUCCCCUUGCUGUAGAGCACCAGGAGCUCAUCAGAGACCUUGGUGAUAUGGUGGCAAGAGCCCUGAAGGACCACAAGAGCUUCCUGCAAGUGGUGAUAAGAGGAUUCCUGCCUGGCUCCUUGAUCUGCCAUGGGGACAUGGUCUACCAGCACCCUGCUCCAACCAGCCUGGAAGUUUUGGAGGCGCUUGUGCUCUCAGUUGGGCCAAACAAGGCUUUUGCUGGUUCAGAGUUCCAGGUGGACCCCUACUCUCUUGCUGUGGGAGAGGACACCCUGGAGCCACCCCCACCUGAACCAGGCUUUCCCGAGUACGGCGUGGCCAUCAUGGUUGUGUGCGGCCUCUGCAUUGUUACUGGUCCCAUUGUACUGCUGGUGUAUGAGAAGAUCCUGAAGCUUACCUCGGACGCUAAAUUAGAGUCGGGGGACGUGAAGGCUACCAUCGCCGUCCUCGGCUUCAUCCUCUCCCGCGCCGCCAAGCACAACGUGGAUGGCGAGUCCCUGUCGGGGGAGCUGCAGCAGCUGGGGCUGCCCAAAGAGCAUGCCAGCGGGUUGUGCCGGUCAUACGAGGAGAAGCAGAGCUCCCUCCAGGAGAGCCUGAGGGCCUGUAGCCUGAGGCUGAUCCAGCUGGGCUCCGUGCGCUGGCGGGUGGACUUCACCCUCAGCUCCAGUGAGCUGCGGGAGGUCAACGAGCCCCUGGUGCACCUGACCUUCAACCUGCGGGACGGGGAGCGCGGGGGGACGGCGGCCGUCCCCGUGGCCCUCUCGGCCGACAAGCUCCGGGUGCUGCUGGCAGGUGAGGCCAGAGGAGGGGGCGGCAGCAGGGACCCUGGUCCCGGCAGGGGGGAUGCUCCCCUGCCGCCACCUCCUCCCUCUCUCCUCUGAGCUGCAGCAGGCACAGGCCCUGAUGAACGCCCUGCUCUGAGGGGCCGGGAGAAGGCCCGAUGGCGCGCGGCAUCGCGGGACAGGACGCGGCGUGCCCGAAUGGGGAGAGGGGGCAGCCGGGGGCAGCUUUCCCUGCCCUCCUGCCCACACCUGCCGGGCCCCCAGCAGCAAGCGGGGCUGCUGGGGUGCGGG